AUGCUGCCGAAAAAAGAACAAUUCAAUGGAGGUAUCGUCGCCGCCGCAGUUCUGGCCAUACUGCUGGUGGCGCUGAGCACGUACGGCCGUCGCUGCCGCCAACCGGCGGCGGUUCGCUUCUUCGUGUGGAGCGCCUCCAUCGUGUUCCUCCCACUGACGUCCUCCAUCAUCAGCUCCUUGCUUGAUCGGAGCAAAGAGCCCGAGUGUGACGGCACGAUGCCACCGCCCGGCAAGCAAAACCCCGACGUCCAGAACAUGUGGACCCUUCUCUUGUGGAUCGUGCUCAUCCUCACCAUCAAGUGCAACGCCGAUGUGGCCGCGGCGUCGCCUGACGGCGGCGACGUCCACAUCAACGGGCAGAGGAUCAGGGCCCCCGUGGAGCUUGUCGCUCAGUACGCCUGGGCGGGAUUCCUUAUCCGGCUCUGCGUCCCGUUGGCGGGACGAUGGCUGGGACGUUUCAACAUAGCCAUCUUCAUGGCCUUCAGCGUGCUCGGCCUCGCCAAGCUCGUUAGCGACGACGGGAAGGAUGUGCCGCGCUACAUAGUGACGGGAGAGAAAAAGAAGCACGUCGAGGAGAGCGCACGAGGCUACCGCGUUAAGCUCGACGUUCUUGACAACGAUCUCAGCAGCCUCGUGAAGCUUGACCGCGUGUGGUCGCUGGCGGAGCAUGAUGGCGGCAUCCUCGCCGAGCCACAGCACAAGCUGAGAGACCUCUGCCUUUCCUACUCGUUGUUCAAGAUCCUGCGGCGGAGGCUGUUAGGGUAUCCCCUCGCCGACGCUGGGUCCAGAGAGUCCCUUGACUUCGUGCUCCGAGUGAUUUCUACUACGUACUCGCCCAUCCCGUUGUGUGCCUUGGGCGGCUUGUGGGCAACACUCAACUACCUCUGCUCUAUACUCAUCAUCGUCGGAGCUAUAGCUGUGGGAUUCAUAUAUGAGGUCAACGACGUGGUACGUACGACGCCCUAUAAUUAUAAGAUCAUCACUUACUCCCUCCUCGUGGCCGUCGUGCUCAUAGAGACAUGGGAGAUCGUCGCCGGUGUUUGUUCCAACUGGACCAAGGUGGCGCUGCUUGGCCAUUACAUCAGGCACGAGUCGGCGUGGCGCAGGUCCAGCUUCGUCCACGCGGUGCUCGUGGCCGUGCUGCGCCUCAGGCCGCCUAUGCAGUGGCUGUGGCGUCACAAGAUGGGCCAGAACUCGGUGCUGGAAUUGGAAUCUCGCCAGUUCCUCAGGCGGAUCACCGGCGGGCUCCUCCCAGAGAAGCUGUACUUGUACGGCGGCGCGGGGCUCAUGAGGCCCGUGGAGGUCACGACCGGCGUGAAGGACGCCGUGUUGAGGUCACUGCUGAGCAGCUACGGGAGGAUGAGCAAAGGUGGUGCGGCGGUGCGACGUGUAGGCGGCAGGAUCAAUUGGGCGGUGUAUGGUACCCGGAGAAGCUGGGCGUGGGGAGACGAGGACGAAGGCGGAAGCAGCAACGCCGAACUGAUCCUCACGUGGCACAUCGGCACUGCGCUCUUCGAGAUGAUGAAUUCGACGACGUCGACCUCGGCUCCUGAAAUGGAAGCCGCCCGGCACCUCUCCUGCUACUGCGCCUACCUGGUGGCAGCGGCACCGGAGCUGCUCCCGGACUCCGACGCCUGGACCAUAAAACGGUACAAGGAUGUGUCGGACGACGUGCGCGCGGCGGCGCUUGCCGCCGGUGGUGGUAGGGAAUCCCCAGCGGCUAGGUACGAGCGGCUGGUGGCGGCUCUAGGCGUGGAGUCACGGGACAGGGUGUUGCGGCGGGGCGCGGAGCUCGGUCGCCACCUGGUGAACGAGUACGCCCGGGACGAAGCGUCGGCAUGGCGGAUUCUGUUGGACUUCUGGUCCGACAUGCUGCUCUACCUCGCGCCAUCGGAGAAGGUUAAGGGCCACGUCGAGGCCAUGGCGCGUGGCGGCGAGUUCAUCACGCUCGUCUGGGCGUUACUCCUUCACGCCGGAGUCAUUACCAGGCCUGGCACGCCAGCCGGUGAUAUCCCCUAA